UUGGGGCUGCCCCCGCACCCCGCUCGUCGGCGUCUGGCUCUCGUGAUGAUGAAGAAGAAGAAGUUUAAGUUUAAGGUGGACUUCGAGCUCGAGGAGCUCUCCUCGGUGCCCUUCGUCAACGGGGUCCUCUUCUGCAAGAUGCGGCUGCUGGACGGCGGCAGCUUCACCGCCGAGUCCCCCAGGGAGGUGGUGCAAGCAAACUGUGUUCACUGGAGAAAGAAGUUCUCAUUUAUGUGCAAAAUGAGUGCAAGUGCCACCACAGGCAUCCUAGACCCUUGUAUCUACAGAGUAUCUGUGAGGAAGGAAUUAAAAGGUGGAAAAGCUUAUGCAAAGCUGGGCUUUGCAGAUCUAAACCUGGCAGAGUUUGCUGGAUCAGGAAAUACUACUCGCCGCUGUUUACUGGAAGGCUAUGAUACCAAAAAUACAAGACAGGAUAAUUCCAUUCUUAAAGUUUUAAUCAGUAUGCAACUGAUGUCUGGUGACCCAUGUUUUAAAACGCCUCCUUCUACAUCAAUGUCUAUACCAAUUGCUGGUGAAUCUGAAUCUCUGGAAGAAGAUAGAAAAGGUGGAGAGACUCUCAAAAUUCAUCUUGGGAUAGCAGAUCUCUCAGCAAAGAGUGCCUCUGUUCCAGAUGAACUUGGUGCCUGUGGACAUUCUAGAACAUCAAGCUAUGCAAGCCAGCAGUCAAAAGUAUCAGGGUAUAGUUCUUGCCACUCCCGGUCAUCUAGUUUCUCUGAGCUCUGCCACAGGAGAAAUACCUCAGUGGGAAGUACAUCAACAGGAAUUGAAAGUAUUCUAGAGCCAUGUGAUGAAAUUGAGCAAAAGAUAGCUGGACCAAAUCUUGAUACAGCUGAUAAAGAAGAUACAGCUUCGGAAACACUCAACAGAUGCCCAGUGAAACAAGAUUCUGUAGAAUCUCAGCUGAAGCGAGUUGAUGACACCAGAGUGGAUGCAGAUGAUAUUGUGGAGAAAAUAUUACAAAGUCAAGACUUCAGCCUAGAUUCCAGUGCAGAAGAAGAAGGACUGAGGUUAUUUGUGGGUCCUGGGGGAAGUACAACCUUUGGCAGUCAUCAUCUUCCAAACAGGGUGGGGUCUGGAGCUUAUGAACAAGUUGUGAUCAAACGCUAGAAAUCAAGCUGGUGAACUGAAGCUUCCCUGGGGGUUUAAGAUGUGGGCAGUUGAGCUGUCAAGGCACUUUAUUCAAGCACUUACGAGAAAGUGAACCUAUUAAAAAAAAAAUGAAGCAUGUUCAUCUAUCAAGAAGAAAGCCAACACUGAUUUCUUCUCUGAAGGUGCGCACCACUCUCCUUUCUCACCCACCAACAGGGAACAUCGGAAUGGUAGUAUCAGGGCAGUGUGCCACGUGUGCUUAUAGGUACACAGCUUCUGUGGUCACUACACAUAAUAAUGAAAACCCUGCUUUUUUUUUCAAAACAUCCAGUGGGGAAAACAACACUAUACAUCUGAGUAUAAUCUUAGCGUUGAAGUGUAAAACCUGUGAUGGAAGUGCUUGACUGAUUUGGGCUCUAAUUUUUUAAUUUUAUGUUUGAGAGACAAUAAGUGAAAAUAAUUUAAACUAUAAAUUUUGCCAAGAAUAGAUAUAAUUCCUGUGAAGGAAAUCUUCCAUAUUAUACUAUCACGGUAUUGUACUAAGUUCAUUCACUCUUUUUGAUGCAAUAUUUGAUAUAAAAUGUGGGUGUUCGUGAUUUGGGAAAGUGUUAUACUACAUUUUAAACAUGUAAAAUGCUUAAUUCUAAAUGUAUUAGUCAUAAAUUGAAUAACAAAUGUGAGUUAUUUAAGUCUGAGAUACGUGAAUGGGUAUAAUGCUAUUAUUAUGCAGUAUGUAUCAUUACUUGUUAAUAUUAGAUGAGCUACAGAACUCCCACUAGCACUAUACAAGAGACCGAAGUUUAAGACUCCAUAUGUUAGGCUACCAUAAUACACCCUAAU